UCUUUUUGACUUCUGGUCUCUGUCGGAGCGUGUGUGGAGUACAAUCUGUGUUACUAUUUACAUGUGAAUGACACUAUCCAGCCAGUCACAGCCAAGUAGUAACCUCAGCGUCAGUUGAAAGUCCUCGGGGAGGAUGCCUUCCCUGUAUCAUGGAGCAAUCUUCGUCGGUGCCUUCCUCAUUGUGACUGGGGGCUCCACAGCCUUCCUGACCUCGCACCAGAGCCGUCUGCAGGCUUUCUCCCUCUGCUGUGUGGUGCUUGGGGUUGUCAUGCUUAUCUUUGGGCUAUUUUGGGCUAUGAACAGCAAAAGUACUGUAAAUUAUAACCAUCAGGAGUUUGACCCGGAGUGCCCCCAUUACCCAUACAACGACUACACCAAUUACCCAGGCCACGCUCUUUUCUCUUCUCCAGCGAACCACCUCCCAGAGUCCCAGUCUGUGUUUCUGCCCAGGACAAUGGAACGCCGCAGGCACGGCGCUCGGUGUGAAGAUUUUGACUAUCCUCCCAUGGACUCGGGUAGUUUCAGUCCAACACCUCACCCUCCUCCGUGGCUGGGACCCCCACCACCCUAUGAGGUUGCCAUCAAGAGCACCUGCAGCACUACACACCUCCGGCGUGCAUAUUCAGACACACACCUGGCAACAGAACCCCUGUUUGGACAAUCAAGAGAGAUCAGCUUCGAGGUGUGACACUGAGUGAUGAUGACACCUCACGUUACGUGUAUAUACGUUACACCAGAGAACAAAUAGGGAGAAGACUGUGCCGUAACUCUGCUUUAUCAUUCACCUGAAGCAUGCUUGUGUCCUGGUUCCAGCAUGUUUUCCUGUAUGUUUCCAGAAAUUUCCGCCAGAGUCAAAUAUGAUGGUGAACCUAGUUUGGCAUCAUCAGCGUAAAAUAAAGCACCAACACA